AUGCAAAGGAAUGUCUUUGGAGCAACAAACCUUACACUAACAGUACACACACUCAAGAAUGCAUCAGUUCAAUACAGCAUUGAGUCUCUCAAUCAAGGCUUUAGCUACUCUGGUACAACCACCGCAGGAGAUCCUGAUGUUGUUGCUAUACCAUUGACUUAUGAAGUUUAUUAUUCUUCUUAUUCAUAUCGGAGACUGGGCUUGCACAUCAGCUCACUUGAGACAGAUCCUGUAUCUGUUGUUGCAUGGAGUGAGAGUACUUAUGGGUACUUUUCAUUUCUUGGGCUUCCAUGUCACACUCAACCCACAAAUUCAUAUGUAUAUUAUGCAGUAUCAUCUCAUGGUUUCAGUAACUUUCCUGGAUACAUUAUUCUUGUUGGAUGCAUGAAUAAUACGAAUGUCACCAUAGCACCAACACAGUAUGCUAACAUUACAAUGCCAGCUAACCCACAAUCACCAAUCAGUGCAUAUAAGACAUAUCGUUUAGGAGAAAACAACACAUUUGUCAUACAUGCAGGACAGACCAUAAGAAUGUACCAAGCUUUUGCUGAUAUCUCUGGGAGUAAAAUAAUUUCAGAUGCUCCUCUGACCGUUAUAAGUGGGCACACUGCUGCCCAGAUUCCACUUGGAAUAAAUGAUGCUGAUCCUAUGGCAACACAAGUCACUCCUACUAUCACAUGGGGUAAAGAAUUUCUCUUGUCUCCUCAUCACAAUAGGAAUACUGGUCAGUUCUAUAAAAUUAUUGCCCACAGGCCUGGAACAAAUAUUCAAAGGAGAUGUGGUACUGGUCUUACAGUUAGUGCCACUCUUUCCUCUGGACAAGUCUAUCAGUUUAAUACUUCAAACACUUCUUACUGCAGUCUUAUAUCAAAUAAGCCAAUAUUUGUGGCACAUAUUGGACCAAGUACUUUCUUUAAUGGAGGUACUUAUGGUGACCCAACACUUAACACUGUUCCUCCAAUAAGCCAGUACUUACACUCGAUAGAGUACACAAGAUACUUUGCAAUAUUUAGUGGUGUGAACCUGCUUAUACCAAGGGAUCAAUACUUCAGUAACAACCUGAUAAUUGAUAAUACUCUCUACUCUAUUACAUGGGAUGCCACUAUUUACUUUCCUAAUGGAACAAUUGCUGGCUAUGGCUGGUAUGCUUCAACUUCUGGCACUCAUACAAUCACCCAUGCAAUUGCUUCAGGAGGGAUAUCUCUUUCAAUAUAUGGAUGGACAAUAUACAGAGGAUAUGCAUUCUCAGGUGGCAUGGGUCUUGAUCCAAUAAAUCCACUCCCACAGGUUAGCUUUACUCAAGAGCUGUUUAUCAUUACAGAAGGAAACAAUGAUGCCAUUAUCUACUUAAACAGAAGUGCAAAUGUUGAGGAAGAAGUAUCAGUGAGAGUGAGUGUCACUCCUCAACAAUUGGACACAGCUGAAGGUGGAGAUGAUUAUUUGUCAACAAGUUCAGUGGUCACAUUUAGAUAUGGAGAAAUACUACAUAAUGUAACAAUUGCUAUUAUUGAUGACCACUAUGCUGAGCCUACUGAGUACUUUACUUUAAGUCUAGAGGCUGUUGGACAAGAUGUUAUUGUCUUUCCAAUUACAGAAU